AUGAUGCAGUCUUUAUAUUCAAUGUGCACUGUGAAAAUGCAAUCAGGUGUGUUUGUUUAUAAUUCUGACCACAUUGCUGGCCCUACUCCACCUUACUUGGUUUUCCUGAAAUCUGAUUACUUGCCCUGCACCGGAGUCUUGAUUCACCCGCUAUGGGUGAUCACAUCUGCACACUGCAAUUUACCGAAGCUCCGGGUAAUAUUGGGAGUGACAAAUCCAUCAGAUCCCACCGAAAACAACGUGCAGGUGAUUGGCUACGAGAAGAUGAUCCAUCAUCCACUCUUCUCAGUAUCUUCUAUUGAGCAUGACCUCAUGUUAAUCAAGCUGAAAAGGAAAGUUGAACUCAAUAACUAUGUGAAACCACUUGAUUUUCCCCAAGAAAUGGUCUCCCAAGACACCAUGUGCACAGUUUCUACCUGGGCUUAUAACUUAUGUGAUGUCGCUAAGGACCCUGACUCGCUCCAAAACGUGAACAUCUCUGUCAUCUCUCAGGCUGAGUGCCACAAUGCCUACAAAACCCAGGAGAUUACAGACAAGAUGAUCUGCGUGGGCAUUGUGCCAGGGAGGAGGCUGCCUUGCAAGGAAAUAUCCUCUGCCCCAGCCGUCUGCAAUGGCGUCCUUCAUGGGAUCCUGGCUUACACAGAUGGAUGCAUCUUGAGAGCUGAUGUCGGCAUCUAUACCAGCAUCUUUCACUACGUGUCCUGGAUUGAAAGCACAAUCCAAAACAACUGA